AUGUCUGUGAGGCCGCUGACUCCUGCUUUAGAGAAGAAGGCUCGUGAGGAGUUGAAUGAGGAUCCGAAGAGGCUAAAGGAUGACCUGCAGAGUAUCAAGGACUGGUUGGCGAAGCAGCCACACUUGAAGGCUAGGACAGAUGACCAAUGGCUUGUGGCGUUCCUCCGUGGUUGCAAGUUCAGUUUGGAGAGGACGAAAGAGAAGUUGGACCUCUACUACUCUAUCCGCACCACGGCACCUGAACUCUUCCGCAUUAGGCACUCAGACCCUAUCUUUGAAGAAAUUCUCAAAAUGGGAGUGUUCAUCAUACUACCUAAGGCCCCGGGUCCCGAUGCGCCACAGACCUCAAUAAUCAGACCAGCACUGUACGACCCCAAUAAGUACAAUAUCUUAGAAAUUAUGUCUGCUACCAACGUUUUGAUGAGGAUUCUCUUAAUGGAGGAUGACAACGCCACAGUGGCUGGUGGCCAGAGCAUCUUAGAUUUAGAGGGAGUGACGAUGGCACACUUCAUGCAGAUGACACCAGUUACCAUGAAGAAGAUGGUGGUCUUAGGACAGGAUGCAUCGCCCAUGCGUAUGAAAGGAACACACUACCUGAACACACCGCCAGGGUUUGAAACCGUGUUCAACGUAAUGAAGGGGUUGUUGAAUGAAAAAAAUAAAAACAGAUUGUUCGUCCAUAAUAAGAACUAUGACGCACUCUACAAAUACAUUCCUAAAGACGUGUUGCCAGCUGAAUAUGGUGGAAAUGGCGGCACUAUUGCAUCAAUUACAGAUUACUGGAGGAAUAAGGUGAAGGAAUACAGUUCUUGGCUAGACGAAGAUAACCAGUACUGCAGCGAUGAGUCAAAGCGACCAGGCAAGCCGAAGACUGCGGAAGAUAUGUUCGGUCUCGAGGGCUCAUUCAGACAACUCCAAGUGGAUUGA